AUGUCACUCUUCGUAGGAAUACUACAGCCAGAUCUAUUCAAGUUGGAAGACCAAGGGAUUCCCAUUGAGUACAUUGUCCAAGCCGCGAAACUAGUCGUCUGUUUAGCAAACAAAAGGCAACGACAAACCCUUUUUUACCACAUUGACUCGCCUGAGUGGCGAACAUGGUCCAACCCCGAGUUUCUCAUAAGCGACAAGGGUAUUCGCCUAGAUGAUUCCGAUGUUACCCUGGACCUCCGGAAAGCCAUCAUCAAUGUACUGCUUGCAACGCUCUCCCCAGAAGGUUUCGAGAAGGCAAUUGGAGCUACUCGCAUCAAUGGGUUUUUGGGUGACCUGGUCCAAGCACCAGGAAUAAUGAACGAAUUUUCUUACAACUUCGUCUUGUUUGGCUCAGAACCAUCCACCGCACGACCAUGGGGCUUUUCUUUCUAUGGACACCAUUUAUGCUUGAAUGUUUUCUUUUACAAGCAGCAAAUGGUCCUCUCGCCAUGGUUUACCGGCGCAGAACCAAACAUCAUAGACUCUGGUCCUCAUAAAGGCACGCGCAUUCUGCACACAGAGGAAGCACUCGGUUUGCAACUCAUGCAGAGCUUACCGCAAGAUGUACAAUCUCAUGUACAAACAUACAAACAUAUGAGAGAUGCCUCUAUGCCUUAUGGGCGGUGGAACCACGACGAUCAGCGUCACUUAUGCGGCGCAUAUCGCGAUAAUCGCAUCGUGCCGUAUGAAGGCGUCCCCGUGUCGGAAUUUACACAGGACCAACGAGACCUGGUCGAUAAAAUUUUGAAUCAAUAUCUUUUAUACCUUCCGGAAAAGGCUCGGUUAAUUCGUCUGGCGCAUAUCAAAUCUCUGUAUCACGAGACGUACUUCUCUUGGAUUGGUGGAUUUGCGAACGAGGAUGCGUUUUACUAUCGGCUACAGAGUCCGGUCGUGAUUAUAGAGUUUGAUCACCAUUCUGGGGUCUUUUUAACGAAUGAGGAACCUGCAAAGUUCCAUAUUCACACGCUGUUGAGGACACCAAACGGUGGAGAUUACGGGAUGGCGCUACGCCCGCUGAUUCCUGGCGCGGAACAGAACUUUCAAUGGAAGCAAAGAUAG